GUUACUAUUAGGUUGCGCAGGGCUUCUGUAAUGCAAGGAUAUUUAAGUCACUUGAGUCCAAGUUGACCUUUACCUUUGUAACAAGCUAUAAUAAACUAGAAAUAUGGGUGUUGAAAAGCAAGUUCUUGUCCCUGGCGAUGGCCAAAACUUUCCUAAACCUGGUGAUCGUAUCUCAAUGCAUUACACUGGUACCCUUACGAACGGUAAAAAGUUUGACUCCUCCGUUGACCGCGGUACCCCUUUUGUUUGCAACAUCGGCGUUGGUCAAUUGAUCCGCGGUUGGGAUGAAGGUGUUCCUCAAAUGAGUUUAGGCGAAAAGGCCAAGCUUACCAUCUCUUCUGACUAUGGUUAUGGCCCUCGUGGAUUCCCUGGCUUGAUUCCCCCUAACAGUACUCUUGUCUUCGAUGUCCAACUUUUAGCCAUCAACAACUUGAAGGCUUAAAUGAAGCUAUGUAUGUAACAUAGUUUAACAAUUUUUCGCCUUCAAUGUCUUGCUAUACGAAUGGUAGUACACAUCUAUUUUUAUAUAAGACUUGAUCGAAUCUAAUAUCUGAUAUUUUUUCACAUCAACUACAGAUUUUGAAAUAAAUAGUAGUUAUGUUUUUUGUAGCUACAAAGGCAGCCCGGCUUCUCAUCGGUGUCUGCAAUGGAAGCUUCUUGGGUAUAUACGAGAUGAAUCACAUACAUACUAUUAUCGUAAUCGUUCUAAAUCAACUCGUCAUUUUUGCAAGCUCCAAGACAAUACUCAUAAAAUCUAUAGGAGGAGAUCAUAUAGAAUACUGAAAUGAAUUAGGCAUUAUAUUAAGGGU